AGGCACUUUAUGUAUGUGGAACAAUUUUUGCUACUCACGCAAGCAGCCGCUGGGAAAUCGUCGGCUCGACAUUCCACACAAGGCAUUCUGGGAGGGAAAUUCAUAAUGGCGGAAGAGGAAGUGAAAGAGAACAUAUUUUCGUUCGAUGAACUUGUCAAUAUUUUCAGCUAUCUGUCACCAGAAAACCUCUCCAAAUGUUCUCAGGUUUGCAGAGAUUGGCAUGAAGCGUCCCGGGUUGGUUCAUUGUGGAAAAGACAUUGCUUGCAACGAUGGAACUUUUGCCACUUGGGAAAACUAACGCCUGGAGAGAAAACAUGGCAGAAGUAUUUUAUUGCUCGGAGUAAGAUUGAAACUGGCGUGGCCACAGGAAGAUCAGGCCUGGACUAUGUAUGCAAAACCUUACGUGGCCACAAGAGCCAAGUCACAGACAUGGUUUUUCUCACAACCAAUGAUAUUUAUAAUGAGGAGUUAAUUGAAAAGAAUGCAUCUCCCAUUGUUGCAAGUUGCAGUCAAGACAAAACUGUAUGCUUGUGGAAUGUGCAAGAAGGAAAGAGUCUAUGGAAGAAGCAGUCCCAUGAAUCUUCAGUGGCUUGUCUAACAGUGUUGUCCCAUGAUGCUCUAAUGGCAAGUGGGGAUACAGAAGGGGGUAUCAAAUUAUGGGAUGUCAAGACAGAGCAGGAUACAACAUUGCAAGGAAGUCAUUCUGCAGUUAUAAGCUCCAUGUUGUGUGGAAAGGGUGUAAUUGGACAAGGAAAAGACAGUAAAGGAAGCCAACUACUUCUUGUUGGAUUUAGAGAUGGUUAUGUAAAAAUUUGGGACACCAGACUGACAGCAAGUCCUCAAUAUGAACUGACAUGUCCGUUUGGUUUGAAUUACAUGGAGCUCCAAUCUGACCAUCUCUUAGCCACUGCAUCAAAGUUUGAAAGUACUGUCAAAAUAUUUGACAUCAGAUACCUGGCCCCUGAGUGCUGGAAACGCCCUGAACUAAACACUCUACAGCAUCCAUCGGACAUCACAGUGACUUGCUUGACUUGGGUGCCAGGUAAACAGAGCCAACUCAUUGCAGGUUACAACAAUGGUGAUAUCAUACUCUGGAAUAGUGACAGUGGACAGCAGAUUCACUGUUUUCAAGGGCACAGUGGGGAGGUGUCAUGUGUCAGGGUCUUAGGUUCAAAAGUGGUUUCUGCCAGUCAUGACCACACGGUACGUCUGUGGGAUUUGAAUUCAUUCAAGGCCUUACAAACCCACACUGAUCACAUGGGACCUGUUACUGGCCUGCAUGUUGAUGCUUAUCGCGUGAUGUCUUGUUCAAGGGACUAUUCCAUCAGGACGUACUGCUGGUCAAAAGGUAUUACAUCAUCAUCAAGUCAGCCUAAGAGCUCAACAGCUCUAGACAGCAAAUACACUUUACUUGGAGGUUCGCUGCAAAGAGCAGGAAAAGGAUUUGAAAAAGUAGUUUGUGACUACUCCACAUGCAUUGGAAUGGCUAAUGAUGUCUUGAAGGCGUACUCAUUUCAAGUAUAACAUGACAAGAAAGUUGAAGUAGAGGAGCUUGGUGUGUUUAUCCAUUUAGAAGUCUGAAAAGAAAGAAUUUGUAAUAUGUUAACGAAACUGUACCCAUUCAAUUAAAAUGAUGUUUUCUCGAACUGAUACAUUAAAAAAAGAAACGUAUCAGUGUAGCAUAGUAAACAUGAAUGAAUGAAUGAAGUCUUACCAAAGGCUUGUCUUUUUCAGUGAUGAUACUUGAUUAAUUAAUCAUGGACAUGUGAUAUUUUUUGUGCAUUGUUUUGAUGAUUAAAAAGAUCAUUAUCAUUUAUGUAGAAACAAUAUUGUUUAUGUUAAACAAUCAUAUCAAUUUGCCAGAGGAGAGCGACUUUGGUCAAUACAUUUUAGAAUAAUGAAUAAUAAUGGUGAAAUUUGAAAAAAAAAAAUUGUCUUUGAUCUGUCAUAAUGACUUAGCCUAGAAUGAAGGUAAAUGUUAUGGUAGGCUUCAAGGACAGACUGGGACCUCCAAAAAAUGUUAAACUUAGGGUAAAAAACUUGUAUAUUCAUAACAACACAUGGCAACUCAAUUAUUUCUAUAACCACAUAGAGAAAUUUUCAACACUUCUUUUAAUACUAUAGAAAUCACUAUUUCAAAUCAUUUUUAUAAGUUGCCUGUUCUAAAAUGUAUAUUUAACAUAGUUCACAUUCUAAAAUAUUAUUUUUUUGAAGGGGUGGAUCCAGCAUUUUUCUUAGGAGGGGAUGCACCAUGUUUUACUUCAACGCCAAUAAACCACAUGGUUUCUUUUUAUUUUUCAGAAUACCAGUUUUAUCAGAAAGCCGCAUGUCAUUUCGG